GCGCGCGCGCGGGCGGGCGAGCGAGCAACCGGCCACCCACCGAGCUCGGCUCCGCUCAGCGGCAGCAGCACGGCAUGGGCGCAACACUAAAAAGAAGGAAGCGGCCGCGCCUCCAGCCCCAGACCCACCACCUCCUCCUCUCUCUCCUCGCCCCCUCUCCCUCUCCUCCUCGCGGCGACGCUGCGGCUGUGGUGCGGGCUGCAUGGACGAGCAGGGGUUCGCCGGCUUCGGCGGGGGGCGCGGGGCGGUGCCGGUGCGGGACCAGGGGCGGGAGGCGAUGGCGCUCCUGCAGCAUCAGCACCACCACCAGCGGCGGCGGCAGCUGGAGGUCGAGGAGGAGGAGGAGGAGGAGGAGGAGGAGGAGGCGCGGCGCCAGAUGUUCGCCGGGGUGGCGGCGUUCCCGGCGGCGGCGCUGGGGCUGGGCCACGGCCAGCAGGCGUACUACGGGGAGGAAGCGGGCGGGCUCGGGGACAGCGACGCGGGCGGGUCGGAACCGGAGCCGGCGCAGGCGCGGCAGCGCGGGGGGUCCGGCAGCAAGCGGAGCCGCGCCGCCGAGGUGCACAACCUCUCCGAGAAGAGGAGGAGGAGCAAGAUCAACGAGAAGAUGAAGGCGCUGCAGAGCCUGAUACCGAACUCCAACAAGACUGACAAGGCGUCCAUGCUUGACGAGGCCAUUGAGUACCUGAAGCAGCUGCAGCUCCAAGUGCAGAUGCUGUCUAUGAGAAAUGGUGUUUACUUGAACCCACCAUAUCUAUCUGGUGCACUUGAGCCUGCGCAAGCAUCACAAAUGUUUGCUGCACUUGGUGGGGCCAACGUCACAGCAUCAAGCUCUGGGGCAGUGAUGCCACCUGUAAACCAAAGUUCAGGAGCUCAUCAGGCAUUUGAUCCAUUAAAUCCUCCACAAAAUCAACCAAUAUCUUUUGUCUUACCAAGUGUUCCUGACAAAACCAUUCCAGAACGUCGAUUUCACUUGGAAUCAUCACAGUCCCAUCUUCGAACAUUUCGGAUGCCUGAAUCUUCUGAGAUGAUGCUCCGGGGGGAGAUAAUGGCAAAGCAUCAGUUAUCUUCAGCUCAAGAAAGGGUUAGUCUGCCAGGAAAUGAUAUGAACCCCAUUAGGCAAGAAUCAUCGAUUGUAAACGCUGAUCAAUUCGAUGGUUGCUCACGUAACAAAGAGUGAUUACAUGAUAUGGUACCAAAAAAAAUGCAGGACAUGUGUAGCUUAGGAAAUGGCGACUGAUGAAACUGAGGUGAGGGCCGAAGGCAGGAUGAGUGAGUGAGAUAGUUCAGUAACCCAGCUGACACGCAGGCUUCCGAAGUCAUUUACCUCCGUUACCUCAGCAGUAACUUUAUUUUUUGAAGCAACCCGAAUGCUUCACUUAGCAGUUAGCAGGGCAGUAUUUGAUAGUAGAAAACCAUGUACCGUUACGCAUUUCGUGGUCUACGGGGAACUAGCAGGCCACUGAGACUGUAAUGUGUUUCUCUACCAGCAGCGCAAGCCAAGCUGCGUGUAAGCUAGAUCAGAGUCUCGGAGAUGUGAGGCUGGUUGGCCAGCUGCACCCUCAGAAUUGUGCUACUAGACCAGAGUUUCUGAACAUAGUCUGCUGAAAGCAGCCCGAGACCGAAAAGGCUUCACGCUUACAUU